AGAGGGGGCGAUUAGUUUAGUGAUCGUUCGCGAUCGAGUAGUGAAAGUACGUGUGCAGCAAGAGAUAGGGCAACAAUUGAAAGGAAAAUGCUGAAGUUCGUUUGGAAUGACAGUGGAGCGAUCUUGGUGCUGUUGGUGAUGCUGAUGACUAAUGUGGUGACCGGUCAGUAUGGUUCGUGUGAUCUGACGUACAAUUACGCCAGCGGUCAGACGAGCUUUAUCGAGUCGCCCAACUUUUCCAAUUACUAUGCACCGGGCACCAAGUGUCGGUACACAAUAAACGCCCCAGUGGGCCAUACGUUGUACGCGCAGUGCUACGACAUGUAUCUGCCGUCGAGUACGGGCUGUUACUACGACAAGCUGGCCAUCUCGCGGUUCGGCGAUCCCAACCUGAGCGAUGCGAUUGUACGCUGCGGAACGACCACAUUCAACGUGGAAAGCCAGUACAACAAGCUGGUGGUGGCUUUGCUGGGGAGCACGAGUACGUCCGGAGGAAGGUUCCGUUGUCAGAUUACGGCGCUCAAGCUUGCCUGCGACUGUGGUCGUCGCAAAACGCCCACGAUCGUCAACGGAUUUCCGACGCAGGCGAACGAGUACCCGAUGAUGGCAGGAUUAGUGGACAACAGUUUGGCGAAGGUGUUCUGUGGAUCCACAAUCGUUACCGAUCGCCAUGUGCUUACUGCCGCUCACUGUCUGCUGGACAGAACAGUUACUGGUACAAGCGUUCUCGUCGGCGAUCAGGACAUAAGCACCGGUUCCGACACCCCCUAUUCGUCGCUUUACCGCAUAUCCACCUUCACACAGCAUCCCAGCUACAAUCCAACAUCUAAAACGAACGACAUCGCUCUGGUACAAACGUUCAACACGAUUGUCUUUAAUCCGGGCGUCGGUCGGGUGUGUCUUCCGUUCCGAUUUGGUACGUCCAGCUUCGAGAAUGUGCGGCUCAGUGCACUUGGUUGGGGCGCAAUCGACUUCGGUGCUCCAUCGUCGAAUGAGCUGCUGCAGACAACGCUGGCCGUGGUGUCGUCCAGCAGCUGUGGCACGAAGCUUUCCCGGACGAUCCUUGCGUCGCAGAUGUGUACGUUCGCUGCCGGUAACGAUACCUGCCAGAAUGAUUCGGGUGGCCCACUGUACUAUACCGAUCCGAACAGCCAACUGGUCUACAGUAUCGGUGUGGUAGGGUUCGGUGUGGCCUGCGCAUCGAGCUUCCCGAGUGUGAACACGAGAGUUACCUCGUAUCUGGAUUGGAUCAGUAGUACCACAGGGUAUACGUUCUGUGAGAAGUAAUUCGGGUUAGAUAGUGCUAAUACAGUGAGAGCAAUGGUAAUAAGUAAGACUCUUUUAAUGUUGAGUUAGAGGUGGAAUACAUUUUCAAUUCUAUCUACUUGUGGUACAGAUCUAUUUUGACUCAGUAUGAUCAAAGCUCAUAAGUAUAAACAUUGGAAAUAUGAAUUAAGCUGUAAUGGAUCUUCUAAACGUUGUUCUGAAAUUUUGAACUAUAAUCGUCAUAACCAUAAAUUAAAUGAUUUGUUUAAAUAUGUAUACAAAUGCUUCACAGCAGCAAUAA